UGAUAGACGAAAUUUUUUCAUAAAUAUUAAUUAACGGUCCUCAUAGUUUUAUAGUUAAAAUGCUACCAAUCAUAGUCUUUAAAUAAUAAAUAAAGGUGUUUUUAUUUAUUAAAUAUGUACACUAAAUAGUACACAAAAUUACUCUAAUACGAAAAGAAUAUUAACUUAUAGUUAAAGUUUCAUAUCACUUAAUUAUUAGUUCAAACCAAUUCAUUUAACUAUUACUUGUUAGACACAAAUGCUUUUGAUAAAUUUAUACCUUUAAUUCUUUAUAUAUAAUACAUUGUUAACCCCCCAGCCUUCUUACAUGCAAUCAUUCACUUUCAGCAUCUAUGGCAGAAGCAAAACUAUGGUAUGCUGUUGUUACUGGGGCAAACAAAGGGAUAGGAUUUGAGAGUGUUAAAAUAUUGGCUUCAAAUGGAGUCAGAGUGGUGCUGACAUCAAGAGAUGAGAAAAAGGGGCAUGAAGCCAUUGAGAAAUUGAAAGAGUUUGGUCUCUCUGACCAAGUCGUGUUUCACCAUCUUGAUGUGACUGACCCUACUAGUAUUACCUCACUAGCAAAGUUUGUUGAGACUCAAUUUGGGAGACUUGAUAUCUUGGUGAACAAUGCAGGAGUCAGUGGUGUCAAUCCCUAUGAAACAGUAGGAUCAACAGUUGAAUGGGAGAAACUUACUCAAACUAGUGAGAUGGCUGAAAAGUGUCUAAGAACAAACUACUAUGGUGUUAAGGAAACAACUGAGUCAUUUCUUCCCCUUCUCCAUUUAUCCAAUUCUCCCAAGAUUGUUAAUGUUUCCUCCCAAGCAGGGUUAUUAAAGAAUAUACCAAACCAAAGGGCUAAAAGGGUAUUUGAUGAUGUUGAAAAUCUUAAAGAAGAAAGAAUAGAUGAGGUACUUCAAGAGUUUAUCAAAGACUUCAAAGAAGGUUCACUAGAAAACAAAGGGUGGCCAACCAUAAUGUCUGCAUAUAUAGUCUCAAAAGCAGCAAUUAAUUCUUACACAAGGAUUUUAGCUAAGAAACAUCCAAACUUUUACAUCAACUGUGUGUGUCCUGGUUUUGUCAAAACAGACAUCAACAGAAACACUGGCAUGUUAUCUGUUGACCAAGGUGCUGCUAGUGUUGUGAGAUUGGCACUGUUGUCUGAUGGUUCCACUUCUGGCUUCUUCUUUAUUAGGGAAGAAGUGUCAAAUUUUUGGUUUGUAAUAGGUGCUGAUACAGCAAAUUUAAAUUCAUCAAUCACUAGAAAACUAUCACCUCCUAAUUGCUACAUAAUGGGGGAAGAACCAAAAAGGUAUGCUGUUGUGACAGGAGCAAAUAAGGGCAUUGGCUAUGGAAUAUGUAAGAAAUUGGCUUCAAGUGGUGUUGUGGUUGUGCUAACAGCUAGAAAUGAAGAAAGAGGUUUGGAGGCUGUAGAAAGACUCAAUAAAGAGUUUGGUCUCUUUGACUUUUUGGUUUUUCACCAGCUUGAUGUGAAUGACCCUACAAGUGUUGCAACCUUAGCUGCUUUCAUUAAAAACUUGUUUGGGAAACUUGAUAUCUUGGUGAAUAAUGCAGGUGUUACUGGGGGAAAAUUAUUAGAUGGUGAUGCUCUACUUAGAAAGAGAAAUGGAGCAGAAUUUGAUUGGAAGAAAGUAGGGUAUGAAACCUAUGAGUUAGCUGAAAAAUGUUUGAAAACAAACUUGUAUGGUGUAGAAAGAGUAACUGAAGCUCUUGUUCCCCUUCUCCAGCUAUCCAUUUCACCAACAAUUGUCAACAUUUCCUCAAGAGUAGGACUCUUGAAGAAUGUAUCAAAUGAGUGGGCUAGAGGAGUGUUUAAUGACAUUGAGGACCUAACAAUGGAAAAAAUAGAUGAGGUGCUUAAAGAGUUUGAGAAAGAUUACAAAGAAGGAACACUAGAGAUAAAAGGAUGGCCAACUUUUGCUUCAGCUUAUACAAUGUCAAAAGCAGCUUUGAAUGCUUACACAAGGAUUAUGGCAAAGAAAUACCCUCAUUUUCACAUAAACUCUGUUUGUCCUGGCUUUGUCAAAACUGAUAUGAACCACAAUACUGGAAACUUAAGCAUUGAUGAAGGUGUUCAAACUCCUCUAAUGUUGGCACUUUUGCCAUAUAGUGCUCCUUCUGGUUGUUUCUUUCAUAAGAGUCAAGUAAUACCCUUUUGAUCAUUGUUUUAUCUAUUUUUCCUGCUCAAACUUCUACCUAAGAAGCUAGCCAAUAAAAUUUGUUAAAUUCUGCCUUCAUUUAAUGUUAACAAUGCUGUUAGGCCA